AUGUCUGGAUUAGCUGCUGACGGGUUCGAGGCGGGCCCCUCGUUCGAGUUGUUGUACACGGCGCUUAGAGAUGACACCCUUCGCCAGAAAGCGGUCAACGGGGUGAAGGCGGUGAUCGUCAUCACCCUUAAAAACACUACGGGCAAGACCCAGAGCUGGUUACUAGAGUUGAAGAACCAGGGCACGGUGGAAAAAGUGGCCGAAGUGCCCCCCAACGACGUCCAGUUGUUGUUGACCGACAUCGACUUUGUUAAGCUUGUCACCGGCGAGCUGAGCGGGCAAGAGUUGUUUAUGAGCGGCAAGUUGAAGGUGAAGGGCAACGCGAUGAAGGCGCUGGCGAUCGACACCGUGUUCAGGCAGUUGGACCCCCGGCCGAAUCUCUGA